UUGAUGGCGACUUACUGAGUUAGGGAAACUGAGAGAGAGAGAUGUCGAUACUGUGGGAGAAGAGUGAGACAUGGAGGUGGAUAGUAAGAAAGACUAGGGACUCAAAGCCCUUCUUUUUCGCAUUCGCCACCGUAUGCGGUGUCGUUCCAGGUGUGAUCGGCUACUGCGUCAUGCAGCUUACCAACUCUCGUAACCCCCAGCUCGAAGCCCAACUCCGCCAGACCGCCCGCCCCGAUUCCCUCAUGAUGGGAAAGGUAAAUCAAGAGAGACUAGCGGAGUACCUUGGGGAGCUGCAGCGGAAAGAGGAUACAAAUGACAGAUAUGUAGCUGCUCUGAGAGGAGAGACACUUACUAGGAAACCUUAUGUGAGAAUUCAACCAAUCCGAAAGGAAAAUACUACGGAAGCUGACAGGGAUUCCAAAACUGACAAAGCUCCAAAGAAGUAGAUUCCGAGAUGGGAUCUACUGUUUGUGCAAAUGCUUUCUGAUUUUAGGGAUUCAGAUACCUUGAUUGAAAACCUAAAGGUUAAUUUGUGAACGUUAUGCUAAAUUUUGUGGGUUGUGCUUGUGAUGGAAUAAUUCAAGGUUUGGCCUUUAUUGGCAGUGUUUUUUUC